AACCAGCUGUAAACAGAACACGCUUUUCGCGCUUUGACAAAUCGGAAGAUUUUUGUUUUUCUCCUUCAAAGUCCCCAUCAAACCGUCAGGAUUCCUCGUCGAAGGAUGCCAGUUGCGGAGGACACGGCAGAGAGUGAACCGGAGGACGUGGAAGAAGACCGGAGCACCCCGGACAGUGAAAAUGACGACGAUGAAUCGGACAUGGAUACGUCGGGUUCCGAAGACAGUUCGGAGUUCGAUGAGGAAGAUUGUGAACGAAGGAGAGUGGAAUGUCUGAAUCAUAUGAAUGAUUUGGAACGUCAGUUUACUGACCUGAAAGAACAGCUGUAUGUGGAGAGAGUGGGGCACUUGGAGUCCAAGCUGGGGCAGGUCCAGAAGGGCGAUGCCAUGGACUACCACAAGCCCCUCUCAGAGUUAGAACAGACCAUGCAGAUGCGCACUCACAUUGCUGGCGUGUUGCGAGAACUACGUCUCAACAACAUCAAGAAUAAGUACGAGAGCGAAGGGAAAGCGUCACAUGAGAAUCACGAGAGUGAGAAAAUGCUUCUGAGGGACUCAUUGAGAGCUGAUCUAGAGGAGAAAAUCAGACGAUUAGAGGAAGAUCGACACAACAUUGACUUCACAACAGAGCUUUGGAAUGAGACUCAAGCACUCAAGAGCAAAGGGAAGAAGUUUGAUCUAACUAUUGAUCGCAAGAAGAAACCCAUCACGGUGGCAGGACCAUAUAUUGUUUACAAGCUGAGAGAUCAAGAAAUUCUGGAGGAUUGGACAGAAAUCAUGAAGGCAAGAGGCAUAAGUGCUAGGCGAAAAGAACAGGAGCAGGGUCUGAAGCCUGAAAGGAAUCCAUUCUCGGCAAGAUAUGACGACGGGAAACUUUACUACGAAGGAAACUUGUUCAAUCGCCGAGACCGAAUUGUCAUCGAAAAUAGGGAUGAUACACCUGUACUUGCCACCAUAACAGCUGUUAAUACAGGAGAGGUUUGGGUUCGGCGGACAGACGGUACCAAGUCCAAACUCUACAUAGCUAACUUGCAGAAGGGCAAGUACACAAUACGACACACGUGAUGAUAAGCCGCAAAUAAAAGCGAAGUGCGAGCCCAUUGGCUGGUUCAGCUGGGGUUCUGAAUGAUUUUUUACUUGUGAGAAAAACUGCCAUAAAACCAACUUGUAAAACCCCACAUUUUUAUUUGAUCAGGUUUUUUUCUUCAAAUCGAAUAAAGAUUUUGAACAAACUUGCAAAUGGCCAAGUUGUACACAAUCUGAAUGCCAGUCUAUGCGUCUGAACUGGUUAGUUGUACCUACACACUAUUGAAGUCUGUAAAGGGAACUGUAAAUUCUUAUUUAUGAACUUGAUCAUCAAGGUUGUGUCCAUCAAGUCUUUUUUGAAAUCUGCAGGUGACUUGAGAGCGGAAUGCUGACACAUCAAUAAGUUCUUAAAGAAUACCUUUCUGCAACAUCAAAUAGCGCCCCUAUCUUCCCCUUGCAGAUGCAGAACACGACUCCGCACGAGCCCGGUUCAUACUUCCUGCGAACGCGAUACGAAUUUUGAUGUCAUUAGUUUGCAUCGAAUAAACAUAACUGUGUUCAACUCCUGUGAAACAUUGUGCGAAAAAAAGGCUCUACACUAUUUUGGGGGUAAAUUUCUUUGUGUAUAUUUUGAUACCCAGAGUAGAAGACAGGAAAGGCGCGUGUGUGCUGUGCAUUGUUCAAUGGGGUCAGGAUCAGUAUGAACAUUAAUACCAAACGAGUAUUACCACAUGUAGUUACACUUUCAAUGGCCAUUCAAGCUAGAAGAUGAACUUAAAAAAAAAAAAAAUUGUAGUUGUAUUUAUGUCGGAAAAGAUUCUUACAUUAUGCAUUGAGUUCCUUGUAUUAAGAUGGAGCCAUUGUAUUUUCUCAAUAUAAAGCUCUACCUGCCAGCAUAAAUAUACAUGCUUGAUAACUCUUAAUUCAGUUUUUUUUUCAAUUUUUGGGUCCUCGGAAUAAUGAAUAAAACCCUAUAUAAAGCCUUUACUUAAAGACUUAACAUGCUUUAAAUAAAAUUGUUUGAAAAACAUUUUUAAUGGGCUUUAACAACAUACAAUUCUACUAUCGUGUUUGGAGGGCCAUAUAUCAUGACUGAGUAUAGCUUCCCUACAAAGGUAACCUUUUAUAAAGGUGUAGGUUUUUGUAUUUUUUUCAUGCUUUUACCCCCCCAAAAAAAUUGCCAAUACCGCACUGAAAACAGAAACCUGUUUUCUUCAUGCGCAUGUCUCACACUAUUGAAACAGCUUGAUUUUGUUAUUGUUGACUAUCAGCCGUGUUUUUCUAUUUUAUUGGGUUUUUGGCUGAAGAAAUACUGUUUUUUACUUAAUAAGAUAUGAAGAUUAUGAAAUAGCCUGUACAGUUUUAAGGGUUUUUGAUACUUUUUGUAGGUUGAAUCCGGACUCAAUGUGAAUGAUGAUGAUGAUGUGUGUGAUAUAAUUUACCUUUACAAGUUUCAGCUUCAAU